AUGGACCUAAGUAAUUCUCAGGACCAGCCCCUGGCUGCAGAAGGACAGGAGGUUUUGACAGAGUGUAACCUGAACAAAUCCCAGGAAAUGGAAACUAUGGAUAGUGCAGAAGAGAUGAAGGAACACACUCAGUCUGGUGAAGAAGCAGGAGAUGAUAUGGUUAAAGUGAAAGGUGAAUACAGUGAAAGAGAGGAGAGUGCUUUAAAUUCAGAGCCUAUGGAAACCCCGGAAGAAUCUGACGUGCCUUACACCUAUCCCAGAGAAUAUACUGACUAUGACAGCAUUAAACUGGAAAGACAUUCUGGCUCCUAUGACAACGUCAGGCCAGCUAGUGGAAAAAUGAAUUGUGAUAUCUGUGGAUUAGCCUGCAUUAGCCUCAAUGUCUUGAUGGUUCAUAAGCGUAGCCACACGGGUGAACGGCCAUUCCAGUGUAAUCAGUGCGGAGCUUCCUUUACUCAGAAGGGAAACCUCCUCCGCCACAUUAAACUACACACAGGGGAAAAACCUUUUAAAUGUCAUCUUUGCAGCUAUGCCUGCCAGAGGAGGGAUGCGCUAACAGGGCACUUAAGGACACAUUCUGUGGAGAAGCCAUACAAGUGUGAGUUUUGUGGAAGGAGCUACAAGCAGAGGAGCUCGUUGGAGGAGCACAAGGAGCGGUGCCGCACUUACUUGCAGAACGCUGGCGUGUGUGAGCCUGCGAGCGUGGAGGCAAGGCACAUCAAGGCAGAGAUGGGGAGUGAGAGAGCCCUUGUGCUGGACAGGCUAGCGAGCAACGUGGCAAAGAGAAAAAGCUCAAUGCCUCAGAAAUUUAUUGGGGAGAAGCGACACAGCUUCGACGUGGGCUACAGCCCCAGCUUCGUGUACGAGAAGGAGAGCGAGGCGCAGGGCCGCACGAUGGACCAGGCCAUCAGCAGC